GCGGGUGCCGGGAGCUGCUCAGCCUGGACAGCUGGCCUGGGCUUCCGGGAGGGACUGCGGGCCACCAUGAACGGUGAAAGCGACCACAACUUCAGGCGGGUGGCGAUCCGGCGGAAGUCGGGCUCCUACCUGCCGCCCGGGGUCCCCCGGCCCUGGAGCAGGCCCUCGCCGCACUUGCAGCGCGCAGACCACGUCCUGGUCCCGGGCCAGGCCACGGGCAUCAAUACCUGCCCAAAGGUCACGCCACCUCGCACGACAAGCAACGCAACCACAGGGGCUCAGGGAAUAAAUGGGAGGACACCAGCAAAACGUUCAGCUGCAAGUCCAAAGCCACAAGUGCCUCCAAAGCCAUUACAUCUGCAGAAUCCACCUUUAUCCCAUACACUGCAAGUCCCCAGGCUUAAAGCUUUACCUCACGCAAAACCAAGGAUGGAGGAGUCUAAUCCGGCCCCUGCUUCCUGUGCCUCAAAAGGAAAACCCAGUAAAGUAUCGGAUCUCAUCAGUCACUUUGAAGGAGGAGGCAGUGCUUUGUCGAAUUACAUUGAUUCGCAAAAAGAUUCUACUGUGAACCUAAGUACUCCCCAAGCUCCAGGACAGCGUGGAUUAACCUCCUCGCCGCCCCAAAAAUUCCUAUCCCAGCACUCUCCACAGAAGCAGGAGAAUGAUACAGACCAGACUCGGGGCCAACACUGCUGUUUGGCCAAUGGAGUGGUGCCAGCACAGAAGCACGCGGCGUGUGAGGAUGAGAGAGAGACAGCUGCUCUGAGCCCAGAGACUUCCAUCCAAACCGCCGAAACCUCUCUUGAUACACACUUGGUGAACGGAGAAAGAAAUGAGACCGCCGUAGGUUCUGUAUCGCCCGUAACCAAUAGCCAUGAUGAAGAUGCUCCUGACAGCAACUGCAGGACUCCCGGUGCUGACGUAGGGCCUCCUUCAAAAGGAGGAGAGCCAGGGAUGGAACCUGACCUACAAGAGAGGGAAAAUGGAGAGAGCACCAUGGAGCUGGAUAAGGUGGAGCAGCGCCAUGACGUGAAGGAGACUAAUGAGCAGAAACUUUACAAAAUAGCCAGUGAACUCCUGCUUACAGAAAGAGCUUAUGUCAGCCGGCUCAACCUCUUAGAUCAGGUAUUUUAUUGCAAACUAUUAGAAGAAGCAAACCGAGGCUCGUUUCCUGCAGAGAUGGUGAAUAAAAUCUUUUCUAACAUUUCAUCAAUAAAUGCCUUCCAUAGUAAAUUCCUAUUACCAGAGCUGGAAAGGCGAAUGCAAGAAUGGGAAACGACUCCCAGAAUUGGAGACAUCCUGCAAAAGUUGGCGCCAUUCCUCAAGAUGUAUGGGGAGUACGUGAAGGGAUUUGAUAAUGCGGUGGAGCUGGUUAAAACUAUGACAGAGCGUGUUCCCCAGUUCAAGUCGGUGACAGAAGAGAUCCAGAGGCAGAAGAUCUGUGGAAACUUAACCCUGCAGCACCACAUGCUGGAGCCCAUUCAGCGCAUCCCUCGCUAUGAGAUGCUUCUUAAGGACUACCUGAAGAAGCUGUCCCCUGACUCCCCAGACUGGAAUGAUGCAAAAAAGUCACUUGAAAUUAUAUCUACAGCAGCAAGCCAUUCUAAUAGUGCCAUAAGAAAAAUGGAGAACCUGAAGAAACUCUUAGAGAUUUAUGAGAUGUUGGGAGAAGAAGAAGACAUUGUAAACCCCUCAAAUGAGCUAAUAAAAGAAGGGCAAAUCCUCAAACUAGCUGCUCGGAACACAUCAGCACAAGAGCGCUACCUCUUCUUAUUCAACAACAUGUUGCUAUAUUGUGUGCCCAGAUUCAGCUUGGUGGGCUCAAAAUUCACAGUUCGAACUAGAGUUGGCAUCGAUGGAAUGAAAAUUGUAGAGACUCACAAUGAAGAAUACCCACACACUUUCCAGGUGUCUGGGAAAGAGAGAACUCUGGAGCUGCAGGCCAGUUCUGAGCAAGACAAAGAAGAAUGGAUCAAGGCCCUUCAGGACAGUAUCGAUGCUUUUCAUCAAAGGCACGAAACCUUCAGAAAUGCAAUUGCGAAAGAUAGUGACAUUCCCCUGGAAGUUUCUACUGCUGAGCUAGGAAAAAGAGCACCGAGAUGGAUCCGGGAUAAUGAGGUAACAAUGUGCAUGAAGUGCAAAGAGUCCUUCAACGCCCUGACCAGAAGGCGGCAUCACUGCCGCGCAUGUGGACAUGUGGUUUGUUGGAAAUGUUCUGACUACAAAGCUCAACUUGAGUAUGACGGUGGAAGAUGGAACAAAGUUUGCAAAGACUGUUACCAAAUAAUAAGUGGAUUCACAGAUAGUGAGGAAAAGAAAAGAAAAGGGAUUUUAGAGAUUGAAUCAGCAGAAGUAUCUGGAAAUAGUGAGGUAUGCAGUUUUCUCCAGUACAUGGAGAAGUCAAAGCCUUGGCAGAAAAUAUGGUGUGUGAUCCCCAAGCAAGACCCCCUAGUGCUGUACAUGUAUGGCGCUCCUCAGGACGUCAGAGCCCAGGCGACCAUACCACUCCUGGGCUACGUCGUGGAUGACAUGCCUAAGAGUGCAGAUCUGCCACACAGUUUCAGACUGACCCAGUCCAAGUCUGUGCACAGCUUUGCUGCAGACAGUGAAGAACUGAAGCAGAAAUGGCUGAAAAUCAUCCUUCUAGCUGUCACAGGAGAGACACCAGAUGGCCCGAGUGAGCAUCCAGACACCUUGAGCACUCUCCCUGGACCCAAGAACAGGUCUGAAUGCUGAACAGCAGCUGCCAGGGUGGAGCCUCCAGUAAGACACAUAGCCCAAGGUGGCCCAGCCCUCUCCCUCGUCUCUUAGCACUUUACAUUGAGAAAUACGGUGUCAUAAACACAUCUUUUGGGAACUUUUUCAUAUGUUUGUAUACUCUUAGUAAAAUCAGUGUGCAGGCCAUUCUUCUGUUGAGGUUCUGAAAUAAUGUAGAAAAUGGGACGUUUUUGAUAAGCUAUUCCUUAACUCAAGGCUCAAGCGGGAAGAUGCCAAUCGAUUGUAUCACUACCUGGUUAUAAUGGGCCUUUCAUUGAAGAAUCCUUCCGUGUCUUGUUCGCAUGUAGGACUUGUGACAGUAUGGAAGAUAUACCUCCACGUAACCAAAAUAGAUCUGUGGCUAAAAAGUACAGGGACAGUUUAAAGUGUCGGGUGAACGUGUCUAGUUUGUAAGUCUCAAGUUU